AUGCAGAUGAUCCUACAUAGGGCGCUCCAGAAAGAAGGGCCACUUAAGGCGCUAUUAGACUUUUUUGUGGAGAACGAGCAAAAAUUGCAGUUUAUGUCGUAUGAGGACGACACCGCCCUUAUUGUACGCACACAAGAACAGAACUUAGAGGAUAAUGCAUACAGACAGGUGCUAGCGUACAAACUGAGACCAACGGUACCGCUUGACAAGCAAAUUCGUGAUUUUGAUCACAAAGAAGAAUUUGUGGAGAUGCGAUACACAAUCCAGGGGAAUUUGUGUUCACGCUCGAUUUGCGCGUUGGCGCUAAUGCACGAGCUAACCCGCAUGCGCCACCAGCAUCAAAUCCUCAUAUUUGUUGUCGGUCAUGCGAGCAGAAUCUUCCGCCGGGACCAGGACAUGCGUACCCCUGUCCUAAACAACAGCUACCGACAGUCCAGACCAACACGGGUAGACACACAAAGCCUAGUGGAGCCCCUGUGCAACGUAGAUCAACCACUGAUGUAUAUUCAUGACUUGGUCGACGAGCCGUAUGUACAGAAAGACGAUGAGUUGAUGGAAGACGAGCCAGUACCUGAUAGUUGGGAAGCUGGAACAGAUUCGGAGUAA